AUGGGGUUAAGAACAAUCGUGCUCUCCAUCAUCGUGCUCGUUCCCCAAAAAUGUCAUGCAGGCACUCCGAAAAUCGUCCCAUUCUCUUUCGCCGAAUCUACGGCCGGCGGCGAAACGAAGGUAGUCUGCGUUUCCAUGGGGCGUAACAGCUUCUCGUGGACGAAAGAUGGGGACUAUCUCGCUGACGGCUCCGGGGAUUUCCACAUCCAGGAGCUUCAGGGGAUGUCAGUGUUGACCAUACAGAAUCUGAGACCCGAACACUCCGGUAGCUACACAUGCACUGCUCGAAAUGUUGAAGGGAGCAGCAACUAUACAGCUACCUUAGAAAUCGCGUCCCCGCCAAUGUGGGUCGAAGUGCCCGCAGAUAUGAGACUACCCGUCGGAACAAUGAAAAAACUAACCUGCAAUGCAUCCGGUUUCCCCGAACCUCGGGUGGAUUGGGUAUAUAACGGAGGGAAACCUCCCAUUUCCCCCUUCGCUUUCCCUGAUAGCGUAACGAUCGGGAGUCCCGUCAAAGCAACGUGCGUCUCAGGAUCUAAUGUCCGUCUGGAAUGGCUCAAAGACGGGCGACCGCUACCAAAUGGGCAUGGAAUCGAAAUCAGAGAUGUUGAAGGCAUUUUAAUAUUAUUGAUAGCCCGAGCGCGACCCGAACAUUCCGGAAACUAUACCUGCAUCGCGAAGACUCCCAAGGGAUUCAACUCCUACACUUCAUUGUUGAACGUCGCUGCUCCCCCGGAAUGGCUGACGGUCCCAAAAGCUACAUUAGUAUACGACAGACAGGGUCCGAAAGAAUUGACGUGCGAUGCUUCAGGCUUCCCUGUGCCCAACAUAACAUGGGUUUCGGAAGAAGGCUCGCUCCCGAUAACGCCCUUCAGCUUCCCCGAGAGGAAUAUCGUCGGAUCCCAAGUCAAAAUAACUUGUUUUGCUGGAGGAGGUGGGAAGCUGAGUUGGCUCAGAGACGGAGUAUAUUUGAAAGACGGCUCGGACGAUUUGACCGUGCAGUACUUCGAUGGACUCUUAAUUCUGUCGAUCGACUCCGUGCAGCCGAAGCACGCAGGGAACUAUACGUGCCUCGCUCAGGGACCGGACGGUAGCAGCAGUAGUCACAGCUCUUACUUGGCCAUUUCUGCACCCCCUGAGUGGAUUUCGGUCCCGGGAGAUCUCGUGAUCACGAAGUGGUCGAGUGAUCAAGAACUGGAGUGCCGAGCUUCAGGUCAUCCCCGGCCAAACAUCACUUGGGCGAAAGGAGACGGGAAGCCCCCGAUAUCUCCUUUCGCGUUCCCCGAUAUCGUGUCGAUCGGCGCAUCGGUUAAAGCAACAUGCGUUUCGGAGUCUCAGAGCGUGCUGCAGUGGUUCAAAGACGGAACGCCGCUGAAAUCUAGGACCGAAGGUAUCGACAUCAAAGAUUUCGAAGGCAUCCUAGCGUUGAUAAUCAACAAGGCGCAGCCAAAUCAUGCCGGGAACUACACCUGCCUUGCCCGCAAUAGGGAACGAUCGAAUUCGUUCAGUGCAUUGUUGAGGGUCGCGGUUCCCCCAUCAUGGAUUUCAAUCCCCAAGAACGCCACGCUCGGUGACGUCAUGAGCGGUAGGGGAUUCAUUUGUGAAGCUUCAGGAUACCCGGAGCCGAAAGUUCGGUGGUUUGCGGAGGGGAAAGGUAAAAUUAGCUGA